AUGCCUAGGACGGUUAGGAGCAAAGGCCCCCGACUCUCUGCGCUGCUCCCGCUCCUGGCUGUUGCGGGGCUGUCUUGCCUUGGUUCCAGCUGGUCCUUCACGAUGCAGACUAUCGGCAUGCUGACCGGAGUCAGCUACGUGUCUGGCAUCGACUACUACCGAGGAAUCAAUGAGCGCAUCGCGAAGUUGCUGCCGAAUGGCCACAUCAUGGCCAAGAACUCCGACAUGGUCAUCGUCUCCGUUGACUGUGACGAGUAUGUGCGGUUGUUGACAGCGAAGGACUCGGAGGGCGUGCAGGACUAUUUGGCGAACGGCGUGGCCAAGCUGCAUCGGGCAGGUGUUGACUUCCUGGUGAUCGCUUCGAACACAGCGCACAUUUGCGUGGGCCGUGUACGUGAACGAUUUCCGGAUCUCCCCGUUCUCCACAUCGCCGAUUGUACGGCAGCAGCAGCUCGCGGUGAGGGGCCCGUAGGGCUUCUGGGCACCGAGCCGACGAUGCGGGAUGGCUCCUGGUUGAAGGAGCGGCUGGCCCUGCACGGCGUGGAGGUGGUCGUGCCGCCUGCGGAAGAGGAUCGGCAGCGAUGUUACAAGAUCAUCUGCGAUGAGCUGAGCUUCGACAAAUUUACGGAUGAAUCCCGCAGAUUCUUUGCAGAGAUGGCAAGAAAGCUCCAUGGCGAAUGGGGCGGAUCUGGUGGUGUUAUUCUCGGAUGCACAGAGAUCGAGCUUCUACUACGACCUGGGGAUGUGCCAGAUGUUCCUCUCUUCCGAUCGGCUGAGCUGCACAUCGAUGCAGCAGCUCGAGUCCAAGCUGGCGAGGUCUCCCUCGAGUCCUUCAUGCCCUCAGAGAAGGCUGCUCCGGCCUGA